AUGAUAUAUUUCCCCGGCGGUCUCCAUAAACCAUUCUCAUCUCCAAAUGACGAUCAGUCGAUUGUUGGAGCAAUUUAUUUGGUGAUGCUGGUCAUUUGGUGCCUGACUCUUGGAAUAUUCGUAUGCGUCAACAAAUGCAGAAAAAUGAAGCCAAAAAGAUCAGCCAUCUCACUCACGACGGCGUCUCUGUUAGUUAUGACCAGAAGAGAAAGAUUUCGCAGAGAUUUCAUGAAUGGAAUGUUCCCGGCUAACUCAUGGACGCUUGGACUGGUCGUUGGAGCGAUGGCGGUCUUCUCUGUGAUAAAAAAAUGA